CCUAUACCCUCUCAGCGGCGGGUCAUAUCUGGCAGUGUUUGUGAGUAAAAUCCGAUUAUACGUGGUAUGAUUGUAUAGCUCACAGGUAUGAGUAGGCAAUAUAAUUCGUGGAAGCUUGUCGGGCUUCACCCCUUAUGCGCAGUUAUGUUUACGGUGGGCUAUUCCAUAAGAGAAUAUGGCUCCUUCAACUAUAUAUACACAGGAGACAUGACAACCCUCAUUAUCUUCAUCCUUGGACAGGUCUUUAUAUAUAUCUGCCCGUCAGUGCUCUGCAGAUCGGUGGUAGCAAGUAUUCAUAUUAUGUAAGAGCUAACCAAAUAACUAGUCCACUUCUCGAACUUGCCAAUUACCAUGUCCUCGGGAGAGUCCUCUACUAUAUCCCUCAUCUUGCGCCAUUUCCUCCGGGUAAGGUUCUGCCCACGUUCGGGCUAAUAAUGCUGAUCGUUGGGACUUUAAAUACGCUAGGUGUUGCACUUAGCUCAAACCCAUCGGCAGAUUCGAGCCAGCAACACCUUGGGAGCAGCUUAACCAUCGCAGCUUUAUCCCUUCAGUUUGCAGUCAUAUUGACGUUUCUCACACUCUCAAUUAUUUUGCAUCGCCGCUGUGCCAAUGCCCAGAUACGUUCCGUAUACUAUCGCCCUAUUAUCACCAUGUUAAUUACACUGUAUGUGAGCAUGGUCUUGAUCCUCAUUCGCUGCAUCUACCGCCUGAUAGAGCAUCUGGGAAACACAGCUGUGGACCUGGAGGAUAUAGAGAAACUCAAAGAUUUGAGCCCUAUCCUACGUCAUGAAUACUACUUCUAUAUUUUUGAAGCCUCCCUCAUGCUGGUCAACUCUGUCUUGUGGAACAUAUGGAACCCUUCCCGCUUUUUACCUUCCAACAACCUCAUUCAUGUUGCGAAAGAUGGUAACGGGGAAACUAUUGCUGAUCAGGGGAAGGAUGAUCGGUCCUUGUUAGCAAAAGUUGGCCCUAUCUUGACAUUUGGUGUAUUCUUUGGCGGGAAGACAGCAAGCCAGCCCCAGGAUGAUCGUGCUGCAUAUGAGAUGCUGCCGGGAUUGCGAAGCGGACAAAACUAGUAGUUAACUAGUCAACCGCACUUGACGUACACUCUUAUUUAACUAUACGAGUGUGGCAGCAAACGUGAAAAUUAUUUCCUUUGUGUGUUUAUAUAUGCUCGUGACAGCCGCCAGUGUUUAUUAACUAGUUAGUUAGUUUUACCAAAGCCCAACGACCGACAACUCAAAGCACUGCUUGUCGUUAAUGACAGCAACAUACCAGUAGGUUAAUUAUGGGUUUCUUCUAUCGCCAAUACGAAGACAGAAUAAUGCAGGAAAUGACACCCUUAUACCGACUGUUCAUUAGCCGUUACUCUCGACAGGCAUCAAUAGGCACUCUGAGCGGACUCGGGACUGGGCUGUCAUAACUAGCUGCUGGUUGGAGAAUGCCUAACACGAAUAUUGACAAGGCCUCUCGUACAACCAACAUCUGGGACAUGCAGCCUCGGAUUCCAACUGGCUGUUUGUCCGCAGAUUCCGCGGCAUUUUGUUGGAUAAAAGACGUCAGUGCAAUGGGUGCCGCAGGCAGGCUGGCUGGUCGCUGGCCAGGGUACCGAGUACACCAUCCAAGGCUGCCACCGUCCCACCGCUGGGCCAAAACAUAGGGAAGUGGCAUGUAGGAGCCAUCAAUCGGAUGUCUGUGACUUGGAAACAGUUGGAUGGUCAACUCAUUAGCUGCCUGCUUGUGUUUUAUAAAGAGGUACCCACGGCGGAAGCAAAGCUGGUUAUGUAACUAUCCGCAGGCCAUCAAGCGAGAUGCGGAACUUGUACAUGACCAUGUCAUACCAGGAUGCCCUUCAUAUAUGGACAGAUUAGGGCAGUCGAGAAGCUGGAAAUGCCUGCUGUCAUAGGUGGCGUGCCCAAGCACAUUCGGUCGAGUCAGGGGGCGCAAGAGGACCUGAAGGCCGGG